CUGGAUGCCUUACAAAACAAAUUUGAAAACAUGGGGUUCGUAUUGGGACCUGUCACCUAUAUGGAACAGAUAGGCCCCAAACGAGUAAUCCUAAGUGAGACUCCGAGCAUCUCUUUUCCUAUGAUGCCCCCGCCCGUCAGGGCAUUACCCCCGCCGCCGGUAGAGGCUCCUGUACGAUCAAACGGAUCGGCAACCAUUUUCGAACUAACCAAAACUUUGAUUAGUUUGAUCCAAGAAAGCAAAAAGGAGCAGUGAGAGCACAAUGCUCGGCUGGAAGCCAUGAUGAGGAACAUGUGACCUAUUGCGGUGCGUGCCCCUCCGAUGCAACAAGGACUAGCCCCUGCCCCUGCCCUCGGAGGAGCUGCAAACAAUCUGAAUGUUUGCUACGCUUGUCAUCAGCCCGAACACCCCCACCGACCCCCACAACAGCGGAUCGGAGUCGCACCUAUGGCUGCGGCCCCCAUCGCCAACAGACCUGGACGAGUCGGAGCCUUGAUGGAAGAAGUAGAGGGUGGGGGAAGUGCCCUGGCCACCACGGAAGAGGCCGCCGAGCUAAUUCCGCUAGAUCGGUACGUAUCGCUGGGAUAUCCUGGGCUAGGAAUGAUCGGAACAAUCAGACCAGCGCCAGAACCAAAAGAGGUGGCGGAGUGGCGACCGUCCUUAGGAGAAAUGGAGUCGGGAGAACCCACCUUCGUCACAGGGGAGAUCGAUGUACUAAACAUCAUCCGAGCUUUGGACCAUCGGAUUCCCCUUCCGAUCGGUCACCUACUCUCGAUCUCCGAGCAAGCCAACGAGCGAAUGUUACAGCAUUGCAAAGCGAAUCGAAAGGGAUUCGCCCUCGCCCGAGCACUGAACUGGGUUCGAUGUCCGAUGGGGAUUUGCAAUGCGCCUGCCACGUUUCAGCGAGCAAUGAACACGACGUUCCAGAAUUUCGUCAACAUGACACAGCUGACGCAAGAGAUGAUUAACUUCUGCGUGAUCGUAUACAUGGACGAUAUCCUGGUCUAUUCGGAAAACUAUCACGAGCACUCGCAACAUAUUGAAUGGACAUUGGGUGAACUAAGAGACGCUGGGUUCAAGAUUGCGCUCGAGAAGAGCGAAUUUUUCCUCUCGGAAAUUUCGUUCUUGGGCUAUGUCGUGACACGUGGAGGAUUGCGGCCGGACUCGACAAACGUUGCGGCGGUGAAGGAAGCCACGGUUCCCACGUCACUGACGCAGGUUCGAGCCUUUUUGGGACUGGCGUUGUACUACCGACGCUUCAUCAAGGGUUUUGCCGCGAUUGCACGACUGCUAACGAACCUGUUACGGAAGGACCAACCUCUCAGUUGGGAUGCGGAGUGCCAGCAGGCCUUUGCAACCCUCAAAGACGCUCUGGCAACGACCCCUAUUUUGAUUCGGUCGGACCCCUCGAAGCAGUUCAUUCUCAUCACGAACUGGCAACCGAAAGCUAUUUCCGCUAUUCUAGCACAGAAGGGGAACGAUGGUCGUGAACACGUCAUUGAGUACGCGUCUCAAACCGUACCGGACGAACGAAGAAACGACUCCGCACCUCAAGGCGAGUGCAAUGCGGUAGUUUGGGGAAUCCAACACUUCCAUCCAUAUCUCUACGGACAGAAGUUUCGCCUCGUAACGGAUUACGAGCCUCUGCUAGCGCUGAAGAAACUCACCAACUACACUGGCACGAUUGGCCGUUGGGCGGUGCGACUACAAGAAUACGACUUCGAUAUCAUCCAUCGAAAGACAGAACGGCAUGGCAACGCGGACGGGCUGACACAUCUGCACCGACCUGUCAAGCUGGCGGACGAUCUCCCUCUCGACAUCAUUUCGCAAGACAACGAGCACCCGAUUCCUCAUGUGCUUUCUCGCACGUUGACACCGUAUCUCCAGUGGUCGGCUUGUGUGGAGGGAGCCGCAGAGCGCAUCCCGCCGUCACAGCAGCAGUAUUUGGAUCCCCGGACGGUUUGUGAUCCUGCCUUCUUCAGGCAUCCAACGGCAGAGCAGCUUGCUGCCAUUCGAGAGGAAGAAGAGGAGGAAGAGAGCACUGAGAGUGACGAAGGAGAAGACGAGCGGGAAGAAAGUGGGGAAAGCGACGAAGUACUCGGGGAAGAGGACGAAACCCCCGAAGAAGGAAGCUAUAGCGAGCAUAGCGAGGGGGAGCAGAGCGAAGAAGAAGGAGAAGACGACGAAGGAGAAGAGGAGAACGAAGAAGGACCUGCGGAAUCGGAGUGGGAAGCUGUGCCGGAAGAAGCGCUGCGCACGGGCACGGAGGCUGAAGAUCCGGAGGCGGCCCGCAAAAGAGAAGAAACCGCGCCCGGGAAGAGGGAACUAGAGUUUGCGAGCGGGGCAAGCUUGCACGUCCACGACGACCCAAACCAAGAUCCGGAGCCGCCCCGAUCAGAACAUGGCGACCUCACGGCCACGACUCCGACCCCAUCAACGCGGCGACGGAGCCGAUCCCCCUCCUCCCCAACCCGUCCCCCCGUUCGCCGACGUACCGAUACAGGCGAUGGGCCUUCGUCCCCGAUUACUCUCUCGUCGUCCUCUUGACUACCUAACCCUUCGCGAGCUCACCACCCCCAUCACGUUCCCCUCCAACCCGUUUCCCCACGAUACCUUCCGCCACUUCU